GAGGUAGAGGAAGGAACAGAGAGAGAGCUGAUACGUGGAGCUGUACCCUGCUCUAUUAGGCAACAUACGGCAGCCCUGCAGUGCACUGAGACUAUGUGAAUGAGGGAAUGUGAUAGAGAGCAAGAAAGAGAGCAGAAGAGAGAGAGCAAGAGGGACAGGGUAAGAGAAAUCUUGAGGAAUUUGGGAAAGGGGAUGAGCAUCAAGACUGCCUGUUGUGCAUGCAGGAAAGGCACGGUUGAGGCUGCUUUCUGGGCUCGUGAGUAUCCAGCAUCAGGACGUUGUGCCCUGUGAGGGAAGCAGUUUGGAGAGCGUGUGAGCCGAGAGCAGCUUCUUUGUGACAGUACGUGCAUCAGACAGGGGAUGCAGCAAACCUCUGCCCAGAGCACAGGGGCUUCUGGAGCUAGCUGUACCCACAGCGGGGGAGAGCCCGGUGGGUGGAGGGGGCUUAUCGGAUGGGGAGGGGGAAAACUGAACCAAGGUGGUCCUGUGGAAAUCUCAGCCAAGAGUCAAGAGGCUCACCUGCGCUCUGUUGGAGCUGAGCUUGGAUUUACUGGUGUGAGAUAUAAGAAUGUUCUCUGAAUGAGCCAGCCUCCAGAGGAGUGUCUAUAUGCUGGGAAGCACCAGGUUUACCACCAGGAUCUCUGGGAACACCAAGGACAUAGAGCCUCUUUUCACGGCCAAGCAGGUGGGCAGGCGGCUGGAGUUUUAUCAAUGGGCUGGUAAUUGAAUUCUGAUUUGAUUCCAUCAGUUUUUCAUCAACAGUCGGGAGCCACAAGGGAGACCUUGAGUUUUGGUGUAUGAGAUCGGACUCUCAUUCCGUUUGUGGAGUAAGAUAAUAAUCCUAUAGAGAAUAUCAUGAUCCAGAUGACAUUAAUAGCUUACUUUAUCAUGGUUCUACCUUUAUUCAAUGAGCCACAUCAGAGCUCUCAGACAGGUUGUCCACUAAAGCCAUGGGACUGACACAGAGGUGACCAAGUGCUACAAAGUGUACUCUGGGAGCUGUAAUUUACUGUGGUUUAUCAUACCCAAGUGGAAUAUAAUCUGUUUUAAGGAUUAUGAUGAUGGUUUAACCAGGACAGAGGACACAAUGUGCAGUGUGAUAUCCAGUAAUACUGUAUAAUUUUUGUGUGGCAUUGAAAGUUAUUUUGUUUAGUGCUUCGUGUACUGGAAAUAUUGACACAUUUUUAGGCAUAGGCAAAGUCACAAACACUUUUUUUGUAGUCAAGGAUGUACCUACCAAAGGGAUCAAUUUUCAUGUCAGUAAUUAGCUAAAGAUUUUUAUGGAAGAUGCCAGAUUGGCUCAAUUAAUUGAACGUGGUGAUCAAUAUUCAAAGGGUCUACAUAUCCAACUCUACCUCUACCCUUGCCUGACAUUGACACUCACAGUAACGACAGUGGGUGUACAGUAUAUCAAGGUGGGCUGGUUCCACCACUAUAUCUCCAGUUUAAGAGUAGCCGGGCCCCUCCUGCUCUGUGGGAGCUGCCCUCCCCCAGCCUGGACCCUGUCUCCUCUGCCCUGUUGGUGCUCCUGCACUCGGCUGUGCUGGCCGAGGAUGAUGUGGCAAUGUCAUGUCUCGUCCUCGGAGUGCCGCUGCUACCGGCUGAAGGGAUUUUCCCUGCUGAAGCGCUUCCCUCUCUCGGCAGAUGGGGCCUGCAGCAAAGCCCUGGACCAGCCCGUGGGAGAGUGGCUGGAGCAUGUGGGGCUGCCACAGUACGAGAGCAAGCUGCUGCUUAAUGGCUUCGACGACCUACGCUACAUGGGCAGUAACGUGAUGGAGGACACGGAUCUUAGAGAUAUGGGAAUCACUGACCCUGGCCACAGAAAGAAGAUCAUCCGUGCAGCACGCAGCUUGCCCAAGGUGAAAGCCCUGGGCUGUGAUGGCAGCACCUCUCUGUCCACCUGGUUGGAUGUGCUAGGCCUCCAGGAGUACCUGCCUAACUUCCUGUCCAGUGGCUACCGUACCUUGGACUGUGUGAAGAAUCUAUGGGAGCUGGAGAUUGUCAAUGUGUUGAAAAUCAGCCCUCUGGGCCACAGGAAGAGAAUCAUAGCGUCUCUGGCAGAGCGGCCCUAUGAGGAGGCCCCGACCAAAUCGCAGAUCUCUCACCGUCUCUCACAGAUCAGGUUUCAGGACCUGUUGUCCCAGACAGGGACCUCUCCUCUGAGUCAGAUGGACCCUUCCACCAGUCGCUCCAUGGACAUGCUCCUGCCCUUGGGGGAGGGAGGCAGGAGGAGGAGAGCCAUGGACCAGGACUGUAGCGUGUCCCUGCGCUCCUACAGCGAGAGACCCCGCUCCCACGACAGGCAGAGUGACCGACAAAGGGAACCCCGUUUGACCCUCCGGCCGCCGAGCCAGUCUGCCACGUACACCACGGUCUCUGCUUGGCAUCACCAGCCUGAGAAACUUAUCUUAGAGUCUUGCGGGUAUGAGGCCAGUUAUAUGGGAUCAAUGAUUAUCAGGGAUCUAAGGGGGAUUGAGUCCACUCAAGAAGCCUGUGCUAAAAUUAGGAAGUCAAAGGACCAUUCAAAAAAGGGUCCUGUUGUCAUCCUCUCCAUCACUUAUAAAGGGGUCAAGUUCAUUGAUGCCGCCACUAAGUCAAUAGUAGCCGAGCAUGAGAUCAGGAACAUCUCCUGUGCGGCCCAGGACCCCGAUGACCUCUGCACCUUCGCCUACAUCACCAAGGACAGUAAGAGUGGCCACCACUUCUGCCAUGUCUUCAGCACUGUGGAAGUGACUCAGACUUAUGAGAUCAUCCUGACACUGGGACAGGCAUUUGAGGUGGCCUAUCAGCUGGCUCUCCAGACCAAGGCCAGGCAGUAUGUCCCAGUCCCCCCACUGUCUCUGGGGUCAGAGGUCAUUGAGACCAAAUCCAGCCGGCCCACGUCACAACAAUGGAGCAGCAUGAGGAGAUCAACAGGUGCCCCUCUGCUAGAAUGCCGCUGCUGUUACUGUCACACGUGUACUACCCACCGCCCCUCCUUCCUCCCGUUGCACUCUAUUAGCCCUGGAGUCCAGAUUGACCCUCUGGAGAUGGACGCAGACAUGCAAUCCCUGGGCAGCGCCACCUGGCUCUUCAACCAGAGAGACUCCAACAAGCGCCCUGUCAGCACCAAGCAGCCCGUUACCCUACUCCUCCUGACACUGCUGCAGCCGCUGAUGGGGCCCCUUGACUUGUGGAUGGACCUGGUGUGAACCUACAAUGGCCCUGUUCUCUCAACCAAACGGCCUCCUCCUCCCCCCAACUACUCAUCUGCAUCCACCCCUAUUACGUUUAUCAUCAUUGAAGAGAUUGUGGCUUUUUUGUCCUCUUCCUGUCAUGCUAUUCUUUUUCCAAGUGACUCCCUUCAGUCAAAACAAUCCUGACUUUUUUUUCUGUUGAGCUACCUGUUGCAUUUUUACCUGACAGUAACAUGAUUUGCAUUGGCUGUACUGCCAAUGUGAACAAGAAAAUUGCAAACCUUCAUAAGUUCCUCUUUUUAUCUAAUACCAAAGGAGUACUGCUCUUGGGCUAUUAUCCACAGAGUUUUGGUCCCAUGCAGAGUGGAAUAAAGAACAUUAUCAUGUCCCAAACUCAGCCUAUCCUUCCCAAACAACCUCCUCAGUCAUAAACAAUAUUUUAUCCCCUUCCCAAAGGGAUUAACAAUUUUUCUCAUCUUUUUAAUGUGUUUAUUUUUGUAUUUCACUUUUUCCCACUCAGACAAGUUUAAUAUUUUUCUUUCCCUAUCUGUAGCUUGUCCUGUCUUACCAGGCAUCUACCACUGUGAGGCACUGUGAGGAGACAUAUCUAGCCUGGGAUGCAUGAAGGACAGAAAAUCUAUAAGACAAAAAACAAUCACAAACUUUUUUCUAUGCAUUUUUAAUCGUACAAUGAUGGAUCGUCAAGGAAUCUUCCUUUUCCAUGUAUAAUGGAACAAAAACUGAACCUCAAUGUCCUGUGUGAUUCUGUACACAAAUGGACAGGACAACUCUUCCAUCACUCUGCCAAGAACAGUAGUAGCCUUACUUCAAUCUGGCAAUCUAUCAGUUUAAAUCUAAACGUAAUCAAUUGAGCAUCCUUGCCACCAUCACACAUUCUCCACACUUGCUGACUGCUGCACGCAUCUUUCGUGGUUUAAAAUACUUACAACACUUUUGAGUUGACAACACAUGAACACUUUGGCUGAGCUGCAGUGAAGGUGUUGUAAUGGUACAGGUUUGUCUAGAUAAUAAUGUAUAUGAUGCUCUGUAGCUACACAGCGUGCAUGGUGCCUCACCAGUCAUUUUAUUACCAAGAGAGACUGUUCGGCUCAUCAGAGAACACUGUGUUAAAACAUGGCACUAUCCCCUUUAAAAACUUUUUGUUUGUUUAGAAAAUUAUAUGGUAGGUAUUUUGUUUAACAAUUAUUAAUAAGGAAUGCUUUUAAAAAUAACUGGGAUUCCUGAAAUGUAUUUACUGAGAGAAACCAAGGGAAAUCGUAGCAACACCACAAUGUAUUGCCAUAGUAAAAUAAUGCAAAUACAAAUUCAUGACAAGUUGCCAAAACACCUCAUGAAGGUACAUUUGAUGGCAAUAAUUUAAUUUGCCAAUUCAUUGUGAAAGGUAUAAGAUAUUCCCAAUAACAUUGCUUAAAUCUUUUUAUAUGAGGCAAGGCAGGUUGUGUUGCCGGACUCCUGAUGCCACUGAUUCAGCAUGAGGUAAAAUGUGUCACUAGAAAAUGAACAACAGUGCCAAGGAUUCAGGCUUACUCAUAGUUUGAACUUUAAAUUUGAGGGAUCUAAAUGUAAUUAGAUAUGGUUUUAUUAUGCAAAUGUACUUUGGGUUGAAAAUAUAUUUGAAACUGCAUUCUUGUUUUUCCGUUCACUGUGUCUAAUACUGCAGGUCUACAGGAGCUAUCUGUUGGUAUCAUCUACUUGUGUUUUGCUCAACCUAUUUUGUGUGCUGUGUUGCCUUGUGUUGUGUCCUCCUGUAAGGAUGGCCUGUUCUGUCUCUGUCCGCUGUCCUCAUUCUGUGUCCCCUGCUGCAGGAUAUGUUAUGCUUUGCCUCUCUCCAAAUGGCACAGGAUGGCUGACUGGAGAAUGAGUGUUAAGACUUGACAGUCUCUGUGUGGUACUGUAGCUGUGUCUCAUCGUUGUUCUGUUCUGACUGAUACUGUAGCUACCACUGACGCAUGUGGUAGUAUUUGUGUUUCGUCCUCUGAUGCACUUGGCCCAUUGAGGUGUACAUAUGUAGCAGUGUCUGUUUAGUUUUUUCAUAUCAUUUGCCUUUUUGUUUUACUUUAUCCAUUAUUAUAACACAAAUACAGCACCCCAUCUCAUUUACAUUCUCCAGCAUUGUCAUUUCUCGUGCACUAAGUAUGUUCCUCCCUGUUAUGUGUUGAAAUCAUGAAGACACAUUCAACCUGCUCUGGUUUGGGUGCAUAUAAAUGCCUUACAUUUUAGAGAGCAGAAGCUAUUUUAAGCAGACACAAUGUGGUGGCAUGAUUUGGCUGUGCAUGUUUCUGUCUUUUUUAACACCAGUGUUUUCCUUGUGUAGCUCACUCCAGCGUUCAAGUUUCCGGACACCAAGCUGUGAGUUGAAGUGGAGCAGCCAAUGUGAGUGUCUGCGUGUGUGUAGACUAGAGACAGAGAGACUAACAGAGACACAAGCAGCGGGUCUAGGAGUGACUGUUUGAUAAGGUCUGCUGCCUUCUACAACCUCACCUGAAUACAAAGUAACAGAUAAAGGAUAACCUUACACUAGCUGUCUGUCUCAACUGGGCAUGGCAGGGCCUGUCUCUCACUCCUAUCUCGAGAAAGUUCAGUCUGAAAUCUCCUCCCUGGCCUCACACUGACUGUCUUUACCUCCACUCCUUACUUCAAGUAGGUACUGUAAUCUGCAGAGUAUAGGCAAUUAAUGUUGGGCCAGCAAUGACAAUUUUUAUUGAUUUAGGUCUAUUUGAGAAAAUCAUGUUGUUACUGUAAGGAUCUAGGAGAGUCAACGCGAGAGUACAUUCAUCAAAUGUAGCACUACUGUACCAGCAUAAUAAUGCUAUGCCCAUGUAUUUGUGGACAGAGUAUAGUUUGUCAAUGAUUAUGUGAUGUUUAUUUAUUUAUUCCAAUUAAAAGCAAAAUAUACCUGAAAUUAAAUAGUACAAUGGAAAAUGUUA